ACCUCCGGUCCCUUACUCCUGUCACUGGCAUCUGAUCCGACAUCGCAUCAAUAAAAAUCUGUAAAAUGAUACUUUUAUGUUCUAAAUUAUUUUGAAUUUAAUUAAUUAUGUAUAUGUUCUACUUUAGAUUAAAUUAUCUAAAUCAUGUGAUUAUUUCUUAGAUAUAUCAAAUUCAAAAUGCCUAAAAUAAUUGAGCUAACAGUCGAAAUAGAUGUUCAAAGAGUUUCAUGUCCAGGAGUAUGGCUAUGCCAAGAUGGCCGUGUGUCACUGACAAUAUUCGCGUUAGGCACAAGUUAUCAAACCUGCCUUUUACCCCCUCUUUUCCCCUUGAUGUUCAAAGAUGUAUUCUAUUUUCGUAAUCGUUUUCAAGAAACAUGUGCCUUGAACAAUAUUUGCUGUUUAUUGAAAGAUGAAACCAUAUACUGUGAACUAGUACAAUGGUGUGAUGAUUGCUCAAUGACAGAUUGUAAGGUACUGGCGCAGUAUUUGGGAGCCCUAAAUGAUGUCCUGUUUCCUCCCAAUAUGUGCUCCAAUGACGGCGUGGACCUACUCAUGAGGAGGUCAAAAGAUUUCCCCGGCAUCCUUGCUCCCAAGAUAGAGAUAAAAACGAAAGUGCGUAUAGACGAGAUCUGGGACCAGAAAAUAAAAUUAAGUAAUGUGAAAGUAAUUCCCUGCGGUUGCCUGGGUUUCGAAGGAGCCAGGCAGAAACCAGUCUGCCAUUCAGCUCAGUACCAUCGAAAUAAGUGUAACUCAAUUACGAGGGACUCGUCGUUGACAAAAUCGAGAUCUUUGUCCAGAUCGCGUUCUGGUGGCUCGCGGUGUUGCAGCUUAACACAGGAACCACGGGACCCAUGUGAAUGUCCUAGAUCAAGCACUGAAACAGACAAACCAGGCAAGGUUUCUUCACCAGAAAUGCCAAAGGUUAUUCUAGAGAGCCGGUACGUAAACGUUGAUAAUUUCAACGAAUAUAAUGCAAAUGCGCGCCCCAAGUCGUACCAGACUUUUGUCACACCUUGUAUAUGUGAUAUAUGUAAGAGGUACCACGAGUUGUUUCAUACUGAUGUUUCUAGAUGAUGAUAUCCUUUUUUCUAUGUACACAGGGUGGGUUUUUAAAUACUAGUUAAAUUUACAGAAUAACUUUUUUUUAAUUGGAUCUAAACAUGAUAUAAAUUUAUAGUUGACACACAGACCUGUCACGUUUUUAUACAUUACGGGUUUGACGAAGCAUAAUUUUUUGCUUAAAAUUUCUUUGAAUUGUGUUUAAAAAGCCACCUCAUUUAGUAUAUUAUAUUUUCAAAAGGAUUUCAAAAAUAUUCUAAUGACUACAUCGACAUCAGAUUUAAACAUAUAAAAAAUACGAAUUAAAUCAUGUAAGUUAUACAAUGCCAGUAUUUAUAUAUUUGACAAUUUUCUUCUACAUUCGGCAAAUAAAUCUGACCAUUCCAUUAAAGUUAAAUUCAGAUGGUAAUCAGGUUUAUUGACAUCUGACUGAACAUUAUGAAAAUGAUGAUGAUGAAAAUUUAUAGGAAAUACAAAUACGUAUUUCAUGUAUUAAUUAGUCACAAAAUUUACAUAUUCAAAAUUCAAAUUUUUUUAUUCAUUAUUAUAGGAUACUUCAUAUCGCUUAAUAAUUGUCAAAGCGUUUGGUUUCACAACAUUGGUUGACGUCCAAUAAAUUACUUAAAACUAAGUUUACUGCCGCUUCCAAGGCGUCAGUGCAGAAGAAGCGGUAACAAACUGCACUGCAGCAUUUUCUUUUUCUCCAAUAUUCAUAUUUCGUUUCAUAUUUAUUACAGAGCCUACAUACCUGUGAGAAAGUAUUAUUGUAACUUUUAUUAAUUUAUUAAGAGAACAUAUCUCCAUUUUGAAUUUACCAACACUUUAUUUGAGAUAAAUAUCAGAGGUGGGAUGGCAUGUGGGGAGGUAUUCAACAUAGCUAAUAGUUAAAAAUAUUAACCCAAAGAAUAUGAAUAGAAAUACUUCUAUAAAAAAUUAAAUCCCCAAUAUAGUAAGUAUUAUAAUAACGCAAACGGUGCAAUGAAAAAUAGAGAAUUUGUUACCUAAAUGUAUUGUGUUCAAUAUUAAUUUAUUAUAUUUAUUAAACUAAUUUAAGUAUAUUUUAAAUCUUUGUUAUACAGUUUUAAAAAAUGAUGAAAUAAAACGACCAUGAUCAUACAA